AUGCCUUACCACGACAAAUCUGGGGAUUUAGAAAAUCAAGAUGAAGAGAAGAAAGAAGAAAAAAAAGAUGAAGAGAAGAAAGAAGAAAAAAAAGAUGAAGAGAAGAAAGAAGAAAAACAAGAUGAAGAGAAGAAAGAAAAAAAAGAAGAUGAAGAAAAGCAUGAUGAAAAGGGUAUUGAAGUAGUUGAUUAUUCAAAGGUGGAGGUGCCAUCUUCCUUACAAUCCCUUUGUCGUUAUGUGGAAACCACACUAAAGCCUCAGGAGAAGAUCAUGACCUUUACAAUUGAGAAGGAGGUGUUUGGUCUAGAUCGCAGUACCUUCGUCUUGCCUGAAGAUAUUACACAGUUAGCAGGCAUGGAAGAAAUUGGGGCUAUUGUGCUUGCAACGUCGGUGGUUUAUUUAUUGCGUCAUUUGAAACUACUAACCACGUCGUUAGUUAUGUACCGUCAUGAUAAAUUAAUGAUAACGUCGAUUUCUAUUUCAUUGCGUCGUGUGAAAUUGUAUAAUACGUCGUGCUUAUAUGAUCAUUUGAAAGAAGCAAAUAUGUUCAACAUGGUUGGCUUUAUCGACCCUGCUCAAGUUAGUGCCAACGCUGGGUCACUAACUGAUAGAUCACGAUUGGUAGCCAAUCGACUUCAGAAGACAGAUGGUGAACAGAUUUUCAUGAUGCCUUACAAUCCAGGGUUAGUCUCCUUAACAGGAUUUUGUUUGUAUGAUGCACUGCGUAUAAAACUGUUUAACUAA